AUGUCGGCGAAGCACCGAUUCCAGCAAGGAAGCUUUGAUACAUUAUUGGAAGAUCUCCAAAUUCUCUCAGAUGCGUCUUUUAUAUCGGAUGAAGGCGAGAAACGAACCCCUUCGCCACCUGCCAAAAACACCUUAGGAAAACAGGUGCGCUUUAACUCUGCGAUAGCAAUUGCUUCUGCCCGAUUUGGUGUUUCCAGUCCCGAGCAGCAGGAAUCGUCCAUCAACACUGUUCCAGUUGCCGACAACCGGCAAGUCACUAGUUGUCCUCUACAACCCUCAGUCAGCGUUUUUGUUGACUUGUUGGAAGUAUCAGUAUCCGAAUCAGAGAUCGUUCGUGAGGAGAAGGAGAAGGUAGCUAAUCGUCGCAGACAGCUCAUGGCGGCUCUCAAGAAGUCUGCAAUUGAGGAACCUCUUCCGGAGCCUUGUCCGAUGAAAUUUUUUGAUCUGCAGCAACACGUUUUCCAGUCAGCACGACUUCACAUUACCGGCAUUCCAAAUCUUCUUCCCGAACUGAAUGGUCUCUCUGAUGACCAGGUCACAGAAAUAGGCAACGACUACCGACGAUCUCUUCCUUCUUACUAUUUGUAA